AUGUCAUGCAGGACAAGUCGAUCCGAUCCGAUCCGAGCCGAGCCGAGCCGAGCCGAUCCGACCCAAGCUGACCCUAUCCGGUCCGGUCUGGUCCGGUCCCGUGUGCGAUUGACUGGCGUUGGUCAAGCGAUGGCCGGCCGAAUCGCCGCGAGAGGGCGAGGGCAAACAGUAAAUGUCGAGCGAGACCCGGCAAAGAAACGCGCGCGUGGUGCUGAGGCGACGCCGCCGGCAUGUCAAGUUAAGACCGGCGAGCCAGGCCAGUAUCGAACGGUAUUGAUCAGCACGCAGAGGCAAUCAAUGCACACUACAAGCCUCUGUUUUCACUCACGGACCACCUUGACGCAUCCUCGGGUAACGUAUUUUGUCCGAGUCACGGUAAACAUCUCUGAUAUUAUCCCUCCAACUCGACCACCGCCUCCGGCUGUCAUUAGCGCUAGAGGCGCUUCUUUUUCGAUCUCCUCUUCUGCCAGUUCCACAUCCCUUGGCGACCGUCAGCCGAUGGGCGGACAGCGACGAGUUUCGUUAUUUUUGCAUUGCCUCGGUGUGUCUGGUAGAUCCUCAGCUGAAAGCAGAAAAACGCUAAGCUACGCGAAUUACUGCCGCGAAACUACGACAGCGUUUUGGUCCGGAUCCCGUCGGUCGCCACGAAGCAUUCGCUGUCCUCCGUGGCCACCCGACCGAAGAAACGGAGCGGCCGACGGCCACGACGCUUAA